GUGGUGGGGGGGGUGACGUCAUUGUUGGGAUAUUUUCAAGAUGGCGCUGGUCUGUGGCCGGAAUGCCGCUGCCGCAGCUGAACGUUAAGGGAUUUAAUUAAUCUUCUGCCCGGCGGCGACGUUAACUUCGCGACACGGAGGAAAUAUUAUUCUUUAUUAAGGCACCGGAAAUGAACACGGUACACCCGGUGAGCGUCAGGUAACGCUGGAGUACUGCUGGCUAAAAUGGUAGCCCCUUCCUCGCAGAACAACAAAACCUGCUGCUGCGGAGCUCGGCCGACGAGGCAGGGGCACUCGUCGCAGGAUUUUACGCCGGGGGCCGAGGCUCGCUUGGCGGACUAAGUGGUCAUGGAGAAGGAGGACGGAGGAGGCUCGUUUGCCGUCGACUUGAACGAGAACGAAGAAGGAGGAGAAGGAGGAGAAGGAGGAGAAGGAGGAGGAGGAGGAGGGAAAGCGGGUCACAAAUCUUACAUCGCACUCAAAGACCGCAGCAUAGCGCUGCUAGCCGGUGUCAGCGGGGGUCAGGAAGCCGGGAAGGGUCAUAUUUACGUGACCGGCAACGGGAGGAAUGUAAACACAGACGCCUCAGUACAGCCGCCCCCACACGAGAGGGAGAUAAUGUUGGAUUUGGUGGCGGCGGAGAAGUGCCUCCCCGACCGGUUGACGGACAGGUGUGUGUUUUCGCGGGUUCGGGGCGACCACACUGGCCUGAACGGAUUCACUGAGUCACUCGGUCCGACGAUGGUCGCGCUGGAAGGAGAAGAAGAAGAAGAAGGAGGAGGAGGAGGAGGAGGAGAGGAAGGAGGAACUGCUUCCUGUCCAGCUGUGCUCGGGGGUCGGGUUUCAGCAGAAACGGGCCGACAGAUGCGGCAGCAUCCUGCGGGGGAGAGCACAGGGGAAACCCCGGACGUUCCCGUGGGUGAAGAGGCGACGGGCGGUGGCGCAGUCACCGGCGGCAUCAGGACUUCUACCCCCCUCGAUCGGCUGCCAUGCACCGGGAAGCACCAGCGGAACUGCGCUGGCACCGCGGGGGGAAACAUGCCCAACGGGGGUGUUGACGGUGUUGACAGCCCGGGGUGCGACGGUCCCGAGGCGGAUAUCACCUACUACAAACCGACCGUGUUUUCCAGCCCGCUGCUGGGCCUGAGACUCGGUCCGUGCGACGUGGACUGUGAGGAAGCGAUAGUCGCCAACGGCGGUUUGCACAUAGUGGAGGCAGCGGGAGAAACACGUGACUGUCCCGAUUCGGACACAGACAUUGAUUUCGACCUGGGGGAGAGGAAAGAAAACGGGUCCGGGUCGGGUUUUUGUCUGCGGAGCCAAAGCGACUACAGCGGGAGGUUGGUGUCACAGUGGUCCGGGGAGGAUGCGCCAGCUGCGGCUGAGCUCGAGCCCGAUCCCUCCGCCGCAGCCACCCCCAAGGAUCCCCCCACCCCGGGGUCAAGUGCCAAAGUCCCCUCGCCCUGCCCGUCCACCCUGUCCAACCUGAACGGUGACAGCCCGCUCUCAGAGCCCAACACCGGGGAGGACGAGGAGGACUUCAGCGACCUCUGUUUACCCGUCAGGCCGCACAGUUUGUGGACUAACCCCAACCACGCGGUGUCCCUCAGCUGCGAUGCCACCCCGUUGUCCCCGGACGAGGACGGGGGCUUUUAUUUUGGAGAGGAUGGGCACGAGGAGGACUUUCGGAACGUUUUGGAAGCGGGUCGCAGGCAGAGCGCCCCGGACAAACUCCCGGACCUGACCGAGCAGACAGACGGUUCGGACUCCAAGCUGAUGCCAAAGAGGUUCGGCAUCGCUGAUUUCUUCACCAGGAGCCUAUUUUCUAGGAAAUCCAAAGAGCCCAAGGCAUCGUCCCACAAUGCAACAGGGUGGCGACUGUUCGGGAAGACAGCAGGAGGCAGAGAGGUCGAUCCAACUAAAGACGCCGCCUCCACGUUGUCCACGGAGCAGUGUCCACAGGAGGAGCAGGUGAACGACCCGGGUAUGUCCUCGUGUCCUCAGCGCCCCCCGGCUGCAGGCAGGAGGAAGAACCUGGAGUUUGAACCUCUUUCCACCACAGCGCUCAUCCUGGAGGACCGGCCAGCGAACCUACCUGCCAAAUCUGAGGAGGAAACUCAGAGACACAAGCAGGAGUACGAGGAGAUGGUGGCAGGAGCCAAGAGGAGAGAGCUGAAAGAAGCGCAGAAGAAGAAGCGUCAGAUGAAGGAGAGACACAGACAGGAGGACAGCAUCUCCAACGCCAUGGUCGUCUGGAACACCGAGAUCCUGCCGCACUGGGACACCAUGAAGGGAACGAGGCGCGUCAGGGAGCUGUGGUGGCAGGGACUUCCUCCCAGUGUCAGAGGACGAGUGUGGAGCCUCGCCAUCGGCAACGAGCUCAACAUCACACCAGAGCUGUACGAGAUCUUCCUGUCCAGAGCCAAAGAGAAGUGGAGGAGUUACAGUGAAACCAGUUCAGUCAACGACAAUGAGAGCGAUGGAGGAGCGUCUUUGGCCGACAGAGAGUCCAGUCUGGACCUCAUCAAACUGGACAUUUCCAGAACCUUCCCGUCUCUCUUCAUCUUCCAGAAGGGUGGUCCUUACCACGACCUCCUCCACAGUGUACUGGGGGCUUACACCUGCUACAGACCUGACAUUGGAUAUGUCCAGGGAAUGUCGUUCAUUGCUGCUGUGCUGAUCCUCAACCUGGAGGAGGCCGAAGCCUUCAUCACCUUCGCCAACCUGCUCAACAAACCCUGUCAGAUGGCCUUCUUCAGAGUCGACCACGAGCUGAUGUUGAAGUAUUUUGCCGCCUUUGAGGUUUUCUUUGAGGAGAAUCUGCCUCGACUCUUCAGCCACUUCCAGACCAACAACCUGACCCCUGACCUCUAUCUGAUCGACUGGAUCUUCACUCUCUACAGUAAGUCCCUCCCCCUCGACGUGGCGUGCCGGGUGUGGGACGUCUUCUGUCGGGACGGGGAGGAGAGCUUGUUUCGGACGGGGCUGGGUAUCCUGCGCCUGUUCGAGGACGUCCUGCUGCAGAUGGACUUCAUCCACAUCGCUCAGUUCCUCACCCGCCUGCCGGAGGACCUGCAGUCGCACACGCUGUUCGCCGCCAUGGCCAACACACACAUGAUCAGCAGAAACCGCCGCUGGGCUCAGGUGUUUUCUGCUCUGAUGAAGGAUGGAAACAAAGAGACGGACAAAAACACCAGCCCGGCUCUGAGAAGCUAACACUAGCUAACGUCGACGCUAACGCCAUCUAUCUUCAAACGCUAGCUGUGACGGUUGGAGCUCGCGCCGGCCGGACAUGAACUUCAGAGGUGGAUGCUAGCUCGCCCUCCCCUCCCCCUCCCGUCAGCGCUGACACUGAUGCUAACGUCAGCGGCUAACCUGUGAGGCUUGAAGCUACGUAGCCCGAAGCUAAAGUCUCGCUCCGGGCUGCUUCGCUACGGAGCUUGAAGCGAGCACAAGCCGAGAUGACGUGAAGGCGGAGGCUCGAACAGCAACGAGAGGAGGAAACGGCUCCGGCGUCGCCUGGAAUCUGUGCUGGGACCAGCGGGAGCGGGAAAAACCAAAGUGGUCGGUCAGUUGUAAACCUCUACAGCCGCUGUCAGUAUUUAACCUGAUGGAUUAUGUUUUGGAGAAGAACAGUAGUGUCACUAAUUAAAAACUGACUCAGUGUAAUGUGUUGCGCCCCCUGCCGGCUGGGAGGACAAACUCCACGCUGCGACACAAACACCACUAACACAGAGUGUUACGCCCUGUGUCGUUCUCAAAGACUCCAGUUCUAAUUUUCGGUGCUAAUAAUUUUCUAAAGGCUUCAAAAAGAAAAAAGGUAAAACCUCCUCUGUGGAUUAAUUACUAAUUAACGUGGGUCCUUGUGGUUUUGAUCUCACACUAUGAUUCAUUUGCUGCGUUUUAGCUUGAACCGUUCUGGAUCUAAACACGAUGGGAACCUGCAGUGGCAUGGCUGAUGCUGAUUAUUGGUUGUAGAUGAUUAAUUAGUCUCGUAGCUUCUUCAAAUUUAAUCUGUUUGCAAAAAAAAACCAAACUCUGAACAUGGGAAGUUUGGGUGCAGCAGUCGUCUUUCUAAUCAAUAGUAAGGAAUCAAAUUACACAUCUCAUCAUUGAUCCUAAUCAAACUAUGACUAAAUAUUUUGUGACUGAUGUUUUUGAGUCUUUUCUACUUGUGUUUAAUAAUUUGAAAGUUAAAAACCAAACUGUGAGGGAGGGACACAGUCACAAGUUUAGGUCAAAAUGAUCCAUAAAGAUCACGACGAACCACGUCGAAGCGCAGUGAGCCGACAGGAAGUGAGGACGCAGGGAUGUGGGGCCGUCGCAGUGUUCGAAGGAUCCAGAUUCACCCUCAGCACUUUAUCUCUGCAGCAUCAUCAGGAACUCUUUGAAAAAACAAACAAACCACACAGAGUGAGUUCAUUAAUGGGGCAUUAAGUGACUCAUUGUUUCCUCUGUGAGUCGUUAGCGGGAACUAAAGCAGACGACCACGACUGAUAAUUAAAGCAGAUUAGAUAGAAACUUUUAGGCGCGGCAUCAUGCAGAUCCUGGAGCUGCAGCAGCGGCUUUGCAUUUAGCUUUCACUAGUUUUGGCUUGAGAAUGAGGCUUUUUAGUCUUUGUAGCAGAACUUUUCCCGCUCGCUGCGUCGUCUGUGAAAAUGCAAGUAAAAAAAUGUUUGUAUUUUGUUUUUGUUUUUGUUUUACUUUUCCCCGGUGAGACUUUAACAGCAGCUCCGUGUCGACACUCAAGGAGGAGGUGACGACAGGCGGCCAUUUUCCUUCUCAGCUUUCCUCCAUUGUUGUUGUUUGUUGAGUCAGCUGUUAACCUCACGUUUACGUCCUGAUGUACUGACCCCACUGUCACGUGGUUAAUUAUAUCGUCAGUUAAUCAAUUACCUGAUUGACUGAUUGAAUGAAUCAGCAAUUAUUUUCAUAAUCCAUUAAUCAUUUUUUCAGAAAAAACCCCCAAACAUCUUCUGAUUCCAGCUUCUUCAAUGUGAAGAUUUACUGCUGAUGGACUAAUGACAAUUAGAGCUGCAGCUAAUGAUAUCUGUCAUUAUUGAUUAUCUGCUGAUUAUGCUCUAAAAUGUGUCAGAAUCAGUUUCUCAGAGCUGCAAUAAUAAAUGAUAAAUCUAUAACUGGAUCGGUAGAAAAAUAAGCUUCAAACAUUUUGAUAAUCGAUCGAUUGUUUGAGUCUUUUUUAAAGCAAAAAUUAAGAUUUUCUUUGUUUCUAUCUUUGUAAACUGAAAACGUUUGUGUUUUAGACACGAGAAGCCGUCGCCUCAGAUUCACAUGGACGGAUCAUUUUCUCUUUUUUCAGACAUUUUAUCGACUACAUGAUUAAUUGAGAAAAUAAUAAUCGAAAGCCAUCUGCAGAUUCCUCGAUCAUGAAUAUAAUUGUUGCUUGCAGGUGGUUUUGUUUGAUCAACAGUCACAAACUGAACAAUAUUCAUCUUUUUAUCAUAGAAGGUAGAAAAAUCACAUUUAAUGUUUGGAACUGGUUUUUAAAAACAAUUUAUUGUUUACAAAAUAGUUGCAUAUUAAUUGUUUUUACAGCUGAAACAAUUAGUCUAUUAACUGAAAAUGAAACAAUUAGCAGAUUAAUGGAUGAUGAAAAUGAGUGUGACACAUUCACCCUACACACUGAAUGAUGUCAUUGAAAGCAGCACGUUUCUUCUUUCUGAACCUCAGACACAAGACGACGCCCCCUUCACUUUGUGUUUAACACUCCUUUGAUUUACACACACUAUCAAUGUACCAUUCACCUCCAUUUCAUCCCUACCUCUCUCUCACACACACACACACACACACACACACACACACAAAACCGUGGACCAAGCUGCCGCUCUGUAGUUUUCUCCCUGAGCCGCCAUCGACUGCAGCUUCUGUCAGUCGUUAGAGCGGGAAACUCAGCAGACAACGAGCAGCCGGGAGGAAGAGGAGGAGGUAGAGAGGACGGUGAAGCAGAUUUUCUUUAUCUUUUGAAUUUCAAACCGCGCAGAGCGAAGACGGCGAGCGUCUGCAGCAGCAAAUUGAAAAUCUGCAGUGAACCGAGUCCAGGCUGUCGCUGCUGCUGUUGAGUUUCACACAGUGUUGAACCUUGUUCACACCUCCAGGCUGCUGCUGCUCUGCUGAGUGUUCCUGCUUCACACCAGUGUUACAGCAAAAACACACAAACCAGAGCACGAGGCCAAGUCCACAAACAUGUAGGUUUCAGUGUUUUUGAGACGUCCUAAAGAAGAAGUUUAGAUUCAGAUGUUGUUCUCAAACUACAGAAACUUUACACUAAGACACAGACACACACCUGUUCUCAGCUAGCCAGGAAGUUAACUGAGGAGGUGUGUUUUCAGAAUAAAACUUGACCAAAGUGUUAAGGAAGCACUUGACAUUAAAAGAUGGAGACUGGAAGUUAAUGUCGCUCAGACUGAACAGUAACUCAAACUAAAAUGCCCAAAAACUAAAAGUUAAAGAUGAAAAUCAGCUGUUUCCGCUCUCGUCGCUCACUCAGCUACAAACAGCACUUUCUCAUUAAUUUCAAAGUGUCACUGACUCAGUUAUUUAAACCUCCAGAGGAUCCACACACUCCUGUUAGUGACGAAUCAGAGGAGGAGAGAUGAAGAUAACGAGCACUUUGUGAACACGAGCCGUUGUUUUAUACAGGUACACUAAUUACACUCGUUAACGAACUGGCAGUAAUGAAGGAAAACAGGCUUAUUAAUUGUUAAUGAAAUCAUUUCCCAUUAAUGUACUUACAGUUUCAACAUGAACAGAAACAGGUUUCGACUAAUUAAAUCCUUUUUUGUCUCAGUAGCAGAAAUCUCAUCUCCAAACACGAACCAGAGGAACGAAUGUGACUUUGUUUUGUUCAAGAUGAAAACUUUAUUUUCAACACAUCUGUGAGUUUGGGGUGAACACAAGUUAAACAUCUUGACACAGUUUUAGCAUCGUUUGUAAACGUGUAUUAUUACUUGAUGGACUGUCGGUAAUUUUCAGGACGGUUUUCUUGAGAAAAAUAUUCUUAAGCCUUAACGUUGAAGAUGAAAACCGUCAGAACUGAAGUAACAUUUUUCUCUGACAACAUCAACGUCCAAAUGUUUUGCCAAAAAUAAAUAAAUAAAAAUUCUGUGUCGAAAACAUUUUGCAGCGUUUCGAAAGUAACUCCCCAUUUUUAAUAACAACUAAUAAUAAAAAUCAAGCUGAAGAUAAAGUAUCUGUUUGUCCAAAAUGAAAAAUAUAUAAAGUUUAAUGUCUGUUCCAUAACAUGGUUUCUUUAGUUCAAGUUUUUUUUUAAAAGAAUUACUUAUAUUUAAGGAAAAUUUUAGAUUAAUUCGGCAGAUUUUCUUUUAUUAAUGUUAACAAUAUUUACAAUAUUUAUCUGGAUGUUUGUUGUCAUAUCGAUUAAUCGCAAGUUUUCUGUUAGAUAAAUUUAUGAAAAACACAACAAAGCAAAUUAUAAAUGAAAUAUGGAAGAAAGAAAAGAUGUUAGAUGACAAAAUGAUAUCAACAUCAGCGGUUGUCUCUACGACGUAAAAUGACGUGUAAUCCCAAAAUAGACACAGAUGUGUUGAAGAUGAAGGAGGCGUGUCGUCUACACACUCCUCAGUUUCAAAAUAAAAGUGCAAUAGUCUCGGUUUUGACGGGAGAAGUAUCGACAGUAAUUCAGUAUAAUUACCCAGAAACCUCAGUGGUUUGGUUUAACGUUCCCUCGUCUCACCUCACUCCGCAUUAUUGAUGAAACAUUCAAACAGCUGCAGAGGGAAGAAGAUGAAAUUAAUGUGACAUUUUCUUCCCAUUUGUUCCAUGUAUUCAUUUUAUUUAAGUUUUAUCUUUCAGUUGUAUUUUAUACUUUCAUGUAAAUUCAUUUAGCUUUGUUUGUUUUAUGUGUUGUUAUUUUUUGUCCUGUCAAAUUUCAAAUGUACAAUUUUUUUAUAAUGCCUUACAGGUGAUGUAAAUAAACUGUAAAAAUGUUUUUUCUUUUCAUAUAAUGGCCACUAGUUAAAUGUGUAAAUAAAUAUCUCAGCAAACUGAA